AUGGCCUGGAGUUAUAGGGUCAGGUUGGGUAUUAGGGAACAUUUUUUCUGAAAGAGCAGUGUUGUGCUGGAAUACAGGGCAGUGGAGUCACUGUCCCUGGAGAUGCUGAAAAGCCAUGUGGAUGAGGCAGUAAGGAACGUGUUUAGUGCGCACAGUGGGGACAGGUUGACGGAUUACACGAUCUUAAUCUUAGAGGUCUUUUCCAACCUGGAUGAUUCUACGACUGUAAGCCCAGCACAUGCUGGGAGUGAGGUGGAAGCUCACGGCACAACCCCCCGCGGAAUGGCAGGCUGUCCGGGCGCACUCCCGCAGCCCUCCCGGGGGCGGCGCGGCGGACUACAACUCCCGGCAUGCCCCGCGCGGCCGGGCGGGAGCGACGAAGCGCGCGUGCGCCGCCAGACGUGGCAGCGGCAGCCGCAGCCCGCAGCGCCGUGCUCGGCGAUGGCUGUGCCGGGGCAGCGUGUGGGAGCUGCGCGGUGCUGCGGACGGUUCCCGCUGCUGUUGCUCGGGCUGACGGCAUUUCUGCUGGUGUUUGGGUACUCAUUGAAAUUGUCUCCUCUCAUAGAAAAAAUAAGUGACCACAAGGAUUUUAAGAAGCUUCUCAGGACACGAAACAACGUACUAGUGCUGUAUUCCAAAUCUGCUGCUGCUGCAGAAAGCUCACUCAGGUUACUGUCUAAUGUGGCCCAGGAGGUGAAAGGACGAGGUACUAUAAGCUGGAUAGACUGUGGUGACACUGAGAGCCGAAAAUUAUGCAAGAAGAUGAAAGUAGAUCCUAAUUCAAAGGAGAAAGGAGUGGAAUUACUCCAUUAUAAGGAUGGUGCAUUUCAUACUGAAUAUAACAGAGCUGUCACGUUGAAGUCCAUUGUGGCCUUUCUCAAAGAUCCAGAAGGUGCUCCCUUGUGGGAGGAGGAUCCUGAAGCCAAAGACAUUGUGCAUGUUGACAGUGAAAAGGAAUUACGAAGGCUUCUGAAGAAGGAAGACAAACCCCUUCUGAUGAUGUUCUAUGCCCCAUGGUGUGGUGUUUGUAAGAGAAUGAUGCCGUCUUUUCAGCAGGCAGCCACAGAACUGAAGGGUAAAUAUGUUCUUGCAGGAAUGAACGUUUACUCUGCUGAAUUUGAAAGGAUAAAGGAAGAAUACAACGUCCGUGGAUAUCCUACAAUCUGCUAUUUUGAGAAAGGAAAGUUCCUGUUCCAUUUUGAGAACUACGGUGCUACUGCGGCAGAUAUAGCAGAGUGGCUAAAAAACCCACAGGCACCUCAGCCACAGGCUCCGGAGAUUCCCUGGGCAGAUGAGGAAAAUGUAGUUUAUCACCUGACCGAUGAGGACUUCGACAAGUUUAUAAAAGAUCAUUCAUCUGUCCUAGUGAUGUUCCAUGCACCAUGGUGUGGGCACUGUAAGAAAAUGAAGCCAGAAUAUGAGAAGGCUGCAGAGUUUCUCCAUGCAGGCAGUGAUAGCCCAGGUGUCCUUGCAGCAGUAGAUGCUACCGUCAACAAAGCACUGGCAGAAAGAUACCACAUCUCAGGGUUUCCUACUGUGAAGUACUUUAAGGAUGGAGAAGAAAAAUACACUCUGCCACACCUCAGAACAAAAAAGAAGAUCAUCGAUUGGCUGCAAAAUCCUGAAGCACCACCUCCACCUGAGCCUGCAUGGGAAGAAAAACAGAGCAGUGUUAUCCAUCUUGCUGGAGAAGACUUCAGGGAGUCCUUGAAGAAGAAGAAGCACACCCUUGUCAUGUUCUACGCACCGUGGUGCCCUCACUGUAAAAAUGCCAUUCCACAUUUUACAACUGCUGCCGAAGUCUUUAAAGAAGAUCGAAAGAUCGCCUACGCUGCGGUGGACUGUGCCAAAGAUCAGAAUCAUGACCUGUGCAAGCAGGAGGGAGUUGAUGGCUACCCCACCUUCAACUAUUACAACUAUGGGAAAUUUGUGGAAAAAUAUACUGGAGAGAGAGGGGAGGCCGGAUUCACCACUUUCAUGCGAACCCUUAGAGAAAGAGACCAUGAGAGAGUAGGAAAGAAGAAGGAUGAAUUGUAAUGUCUGCCUCAAAAGAAGCUUUCCGCUGCACUGUGAAUGGUUCCAGGUCUUUUGUUAAUGCACCUGAGACUUCACACGUUCUCAAGACAGAGACUUUUUUUAUAAACAGCCAUGGCCAUUUUGUACAAUUUUGAAAUAAAGUGAAACCACUUGAUUUUUAAAAGGAAAAAAAAAAAUUAGAAUGUUGCCAUAAUGUUUUAAAGAAAAACUUAGCAUUUUCUCUCAUGUUGUGAGAGUAUGCCCACUGACACUCCUAUGCAAUAUUUUUGUAGUCUAUAGUGUGUCUGUAGGUGUUUGAUAAGGUGUUUUUUUUUAAGGGUAUUGCAGUACAUGUUUAACAAAACAGCAGUGAGGGGGGAGGGAGGAGAUGACACUUUAAAAAGAAAAACAAAAAGCAGCAGUGAAGGAAAGUGGACUUGCAAGACAAAUAUUAUCCAAAUGCAGUUUUACAUUCUUUUGAAAUACAUACAUGUUCUUCGGUGAAAUCUGGGGAAACAAUAUUAAGGUGCUCAGGGAUAGAUAAGGUGUUUGAGUUAAGACAUUAUCAUUGGCCAAUCCAGAUCUGUUGAUUUCAUUUCAUUCUCUCUACCAGGACUGUUUACAUACCUCUAUAGAAUGUAUUGACUUAAUUGACUCAAGUAUCAAAAACCUACAAAGCAUGGGUAAAAUUAAACUAAGCCCUCCUUUUUGACAUCAGUAUUGACAAAUGCCUCUGUACGUUAUGGUAUGAGUAAUGAUUUUAUGGGAUGUGCAGUUACCCUUGUAGGGUACACAGCCUUCCUUCAAGUUUUGACUGGGCCAUCUGAAACAUUUGCUGAAAAUGUUACAUUUAAAUGUUUUGAUAAAUGCAUACUACUUCUGAUAAUGCAGUAAUUAUAUAUGUUAAUGUUUACAUUCCCAAAGUUUAUCCACGUUUGUAUGUUGGAGAGUUUCUUUCUGCUCUUGAAGGAGUUGCAUACACAAUCUGUUAGACAAAGCCAUCCCUGUAAAAGCUGGAUUAGUAGCAGUUGACUUGUUAACGCCUGAUUUUUUUUUUUUUUUUAAAAGACAUUUUCUGGAGGUACUUAUGGCUUUCACAGGAGGGGAGCAAGAGAGGAAAGAAGUUGUGGUUCACUACAAAUAAAUCUGAAAAAGGAAAGUUACUUUUAUUGUUGAUCAGCCUUGUUCAGAUUCCUCUGUGUUGGGCUGUCCAAGAGAACAACCACAGGCAUUGGUGGAGCAGGCAUCUGCAGGAUGGAUGCCCGCUCUGUGCUGGGGAUGGCGUAGUGUUUGGCUGUGCCAGGAUCUGCAUCCAUCCACCUUCACACUCAGCAGCAGACCAAACAGCUUUUCGCAAUGAAGCAACACGCCUCGACUCUGUCACCUUCCUUUUGCUCCUCGGUCUGCCUGUUUCAUUUUCUGUUUCGAAUGUUUUAAUGCACAGCACAUCACUGUGCGGCCCAGGAGGUUCAUGGCAAUUCACCUCCAUUCUGGAUCUGUUUUUGUCCUUUCUCUCACCCAGUGAAUGGCCCUGUGUGGUUGGCACUCGUUAGGCUGCUGCAGCCUGCUGCAGCCAGUAGUGAGUAAUCUGGAAUACCAGUAGCCUGAUGGCCUUGUAUGGUAGCCAGCUUGUUAACUGUGACUUAAAUUUAAAACUGGUGGAGCUGUGCCAAGUAUUUUCCCUUUUUAGGCACCUUCAGUCUCUUCACUUAGUCAGCUGUCCGGUCAUAGCUAAUAUCCUAGGGUGAAAGAAGCUUAAUUUAUUAAGUCUUACUGUUUGUUUUCUUUCCUGUUAGCAAGAUGCUUCAUGUUGCAUUCUGUGCUUUUGCAUAAAGUCAUGACAGUUUUCUCCAAGCCAGCCUCGUGCUUGGCAGCAUGUGUUCCACCCUGCACUUAACAAGUAAUACGUACUGAUGCCAUUGGAUUUGAAACAGGAAUUUCUUUGCCUACCGGCAGACAACUGAGAACGAUAGUGCAGAACUUCCUGUGAUGUUUUUGAUCUCAGAGUCAAAGCAGCUGGCAUUAAAGAAGGCAAAUAGUCUCCAGAACUGCUUGUAGGCUGUGCCUGUGUUUGUGCUAAUUGCUGAGAAAUGUGGACUUCUUUUGAAGGGAAGAAAAUAAAUCAUUGCUUGCCAAUGGUGACAUCACUUGUCAGCAUCGUUCUGAAUUGCAGGCUUUAGUAAAUGUUUAGGACAGGACAAUUGCACACUGUGCUUCAGACCCGUAAUUCCUUACAGCUGGUUACACCAUAAUAAAAUUUAAAUUAAGGAUUCUCGUUUUUCCCUUCGGUCUUUUAUCAGUUACUUCUUGGCCUUGGGCUUUCAUUUUUUUUUUUUCUUGGCUAAUCACGUGUUAAUGCACAAAUAUAAUAUAUUUGUGAAUAAUUUACCUUCUGUUAUGAGGUUGUGAUUCAUCUGGUUUACAGCCUGAAUUUUUUUUAUUUUUUAUUUUUUUGAAAAAUCCAUUUUUGAACACCACAAACAGUUACAUCAAGUGGCUGACGUUAGCCUUAGUUACUGUGAGCCACAGUGUGCCAUGAGCUAGGAGCUUUACUUCCAAGGUUGUUCAAUUAGUAAAACCAGGUUUACAGUCAGUUACAGUGUUGUAAUUUCUCAUGUCUCGAGUAAAGCAAAAGUUAGUAUUUGUAUUUGCUAAUGGAGCCAGUUUGUUGAUAUUUGUGUCAGUCAAAUUAAGUUGAAAUUGAUUAUUUUUACAUGAACUGUGAAUCAGAAGUAUCUAAUAUGUAAGAGCUCUUAUUUUGUGUGAAAUGACCAACUGGUCCAACAUGCUCAGACUUACCAGCCAGUCCUGGGAGAUGCAUGACCUCAGCAUUUGUAAUCACAUAGGAAUUUCUGCCAUGAUUCAAAAUGGGUAAUCUGAUGUUUCAAAUCAUGAAUCAUUUAUCAGCAAGAAACUUGCUGAUAACAAAUGAUUUGGAGUGAAUCAGAGUGUUCUGCUCCGGAUGAGUUUGGUCUUUCAGCCCUUCUAAGAUACCUGACAUCUGCUACACAGUUAAUCCUAAACAGAUUGAAUCUUGUUGAGGAAGAGUAAAACCUGUACACCAGCAGAGGUGUGGAACAGGGGAUGUGCAUGGCUUCAUUCCUCAGCACUGGUUUGGACAAGAUACAAUAGCCCACUGGUCUGGCUAGUCCUGUUGUUAGACCAAGAAAUUAUAGGCAGCAGGAGCAAAUAUUUAUGCAGACUGGUAGCAGCUGCAUGGGAAAUGGUUUCCUAUCUAAUGAAAGAUCCUGAGACAUUGGAUUACUUUCAUCCCUCAAGGGAGUGGAAAGGAAGUGAGACAAAUCUAAAAUGUAUGAAUACAUAGACGUGUGCAAGUCAGGUCGGAGUCCCAAGUCUGGGCACAUGGUUGUAUUGUUGCCCACUGCAACCCCAGUAAUGGUUUGGUCUCUUCUUCUAAGGAGUUGUCCAUCCAUCUCUGACCCAAUAAAUAUCCUUAUUUCUUUAAACUAGAGCAACUCCUCCAGAUGGGACUAGAACAGACUUGCUUUUUGAUCGGAAUGAAGAACAGAUGCCCAGGGAAGUGGUGGAGGUUUUCAAGAACCGUGGAGAUGUGGCACUGAGGAACAUAGAAGGCACGGUGAGGAUGGGUUGGUGGUUGGACUGAAUAAUCUUACUGGUCUUUUCCAACCUUAAUGAUUCUAUGAUUCAAAGAAAAGCAACUUAGCAGAUCUUCAUUUCCUCCUUCUCCCUCCUGUUGAAUUGCAUUCUGGAUCUGAUAGUCCCGUUGACCCCUAAUGCCCCCAUAACCAGAUGCAUUUGUGUAAAACAGCCUUGGGAAUUUCCUAAACUCCCACUCAGCCCAAAUUAGGCUCACGCAUUUUGCUGGCUUAAAUGUCUCUUAGCAGCCAUCCAGUAAGAUGGAUUGAUAAUGAUGUUUUUAUAAAAAAAGAGAGAUUAAACAUAAAUACUGUAUGUUCUCACAGUAUUUAAUUUGGGAGUAAAAAAGGAGAUGCAACUCCCGUAUGAGUAAGCUCUAGGUGAGUGCUUCCAAGGGAGCCUCCUUUCAGAUGGGAUUGCUUCCUGGAUGGUUUUACUGUUUAAAAAAGUUCACUGCUUUUCAGGGGAAAAGUCAGGACUGAGUGACUCAGUCUGUAAGUCUGUUUUCCUUUUAAAAAUAAAAAGCAAAAUUGCUCUCCGUAUUCUUUAUAGUGUUAUGUUAAGAGAAAGAAAUGUUGCUUUUACGGAUUUCCUAGAAUAAUACUCAACCCCUGCCAACUGCAUUUUACAAACUGUGAAGCAAGCCAUUUGCUCAGAAUGAUGCUCAGCGGAGCAGGGACUGUUGUCCACGUGCAUCUCAUUUUAAUUUAAUAGGUUUACUUCAGUGUGAUUGGGUCUGUAAUGUUACACUGGGAUCUGCAGGAGUGCAUUCUGGAAAUGGGAAAAACGAGAUUUAUCAGCAGGUGCUGAGCAUUGGGGCCAAACGCUGGCAUUCCUUUGCCUUUGGCAGCCCAGUAUCAGUGAAUGCUUGGUGCUUUGCUGGAAGCAGCAGAGUUGAGCCCCAGGGGUGCAGCCCUUUGGCUGAGGCAGUUGUGUACAGAACUGACUGGAAAUCUAAACUCCCUGUUACUAUUUUUUGUGGCUUGUUAUGAGAAGAUGCUGUGUUUUCUCUGUGCAUCCUGCUUUUAUUUACUGUCUGAGAAAAGAGAGUACGUGGGUGUUUCUAGAAAGGGAUUCAUUGCCCUAAUGCUAGCCCAUGGGUGUCCAACCUUCUGGUUUGCCUGGUCCACAUUGGGUGUCUAGAGCCGCAUCUACAAAGGUUGCUCCUAACUUAAUGCCUCCUAAUUAUUUCCAUGGAAACUAUAACUGAUACAAAGAGCAUAGUAACAUUAUUUAAUAGAGCAAAUUCUCAGCUACAAAACACAAUUUUUUCCAUGUAGUGACCACCAUCAGCUCUGCAUUUUCACCAGUGAUGAACAAGAGCCUGCAUGCUGUGCUCAUAACAAUCUGCACCAGCAGAGGAGACCCACUGCUGCUGUCACCACUGCUGAAACACAUCACCCACCAUCUCUGUGUGCUCACAUCCACUGUUCAGUCUCCAAAAAUUUUCAGCAAGCAUCAAUAGAUGUCAAUGGUUGCAAUUUUUUUAACGCAGAAAAUGUAAAAUUAGUAGUAUUUGUGAACUUGUUUUUGUGUAACUAAAGCAUCAGGCUUGUUCAGUGGCAGUAGUUACAGUUCUCAAUGAGCUCUCAGGCGUUCAUCAGAGAUUUUUGGUGAAAUUUUACUCUUCCCAUGCUUCGUUCUCAAAACCAGUUGUUCACAAAUGUACAUACUGCCAAAAAGUGAUGACAUGAAUAAGGUGUGAUUGUGAAGCGAGGGAUAUUUCUCUCCGGUAAGAGAGGACUUUUAAAAGUAUGGUAAAGAGACAUGAUCAAAUUUUUGAUUGCAACUCUAUAUGUUCCUUUUGAAAAUUCACAAGUGAUGUACUUAGGAAAAUUGAGUCACAAAUAAACCAAAAAAUUGAUUAUUUUUUCACUAAUCUUGAAACCUAUUCUCAAAUUCCUUUAUCAAAAGAGGAAGCAUGCCUGCAUAUUUUUUUCACAGGACCAUGUUUAGCCAAUGUAUUAAAAAAGCUUUUUUGUCAUAACUUGAGCUGGCACUGGACUGCACCUCAUGCCCUGUCUCAGAAAGCAUUACAGUGCUAAUUAUUCUCAUUAGCUUUCGGACACUGAUAAUUUAUCCUUCUUACUGCUCUUGAAUCACUCAGUAAUGAGCACCAGUUAGUCACAUGUGGCAGAUACUGCUCCCUCCCUCUUUGCAACACGAUUCCUUUCAAGCAUUCAUCACAGGAAAAAAGCUCCUAUACGAACAAAAUCUUUUCAAAUGAGUCUCUGAUGCCCCACUUAAGUGGGUGUCUACAUUGCAGGCAUGCAGAAGAGCCUUCUUCAUUAAUAAGAGCAAUUCUGCGUGAGCUGAUUAGCUCUUGCAGCUCAUUUGGUAGCAAAUGUGUAAAUCCGUCACACUCUAAAUGCCAAAUAUGUGCCGAGUUCAAUGAUGGAGAAGGAGGAAAUGUACAACAGUCGAGGCUUUACUUGCAAAAAGAGGACCUUACCCCAUGCAUUAGAUUGGAGCUCUGGAUCUGUCUGGAGCACUUGUCAUUCCUCUGCUGUGUCAUUUUUUUUCCUUGCAAUAUUAAUAAUUCUUCCUGCUGCUCUGAUGGUCCUUUAGCGUGUGUGGGUGUUUAAUUUUGUCCCUAACGUUUGUAACAGACACCUGAUAGCUGGUCUCAAUUCCCAUAAAACAACAACAGCGGAAUCGACGCAGCCUUCCUUGCACAGCCCAUGAAACCAAAUUAAUCAGUUGCUAGCGCUGCAUUAUUAAUGGCUCAGUCACCGUCACUUUUCUUGUCCUUUUUUGUUGGUGACAAACUUAGGAAGAGAAAGGGGAAAGAAGACUGAGCAGCCAGUUACACAACUGGUGCUGUAGUGUUCCUGCCGAUGCAGGAAAGGCACUACAAAAUCAUCGUACCUGCACAGAGAGAAGCUGGCUUACUGCUGCAGGCAGUGAGUUAAUCCAAAAAAAAAAAACCAAGAAAAUUGGCCUGAAAAGCUCAUUUAUGCAUGAUUUUAUUUCUUUUCUUGCUGAGAACCUGCAGAGCUAACCCAGCUCAGAGGCCUGGACCUUCUGGCAUGGGGCAGCCAGGCACACCCCACUCACUUUCCUCUAUUAAUAUAGGGGAAACUGUGGCACGGACUCAGCUGCAUCGCUGACCAAAGCAAGAUUUGGGCUCCGUCUUUUGCCAUAUAAAUCAUACGUGUAUAUAGAAUCAUACAGAAUAGCUUUGGUUGGAGGGUACCUUAAAGAUCAUCUCAUUCCAACUGCCCUGCUGUGGGUAGGGUUGCCAGCCACUAGAUCAGGCUGCCCAAGGCCCCAUCCAACACAGGCUAUGGGGACAGAGCUUCCCAUGUCCUGAAGGCAGGGGUUCUGCAGGCUGUGCAGGUGGCUGUGAGAGCUGUGAGCUGGUUUGGGGCUUCUGGGAUGAGUUGGGGCAGGAGUGAAAUAAGGCAAAAUCUCAGAACAUCUUUUUGGUGAAUUGUUCAGUGGCUGGCUAGCAACAGCCCUCCCUCACAGCUGCGUGAGGCUGAGUGCUUCUUCUCUUCACACAGCAUUUCUGUUCAAUCAGACAUCA